ACAAAACAACUAACAACUAUUUAAAAAUAUCAUAUAAGAGCUUAGGAAGAAUUCCACACAAGGGUGAAGUAUUCAAAAAGUGUCACACUAGGAAGGGGACACAAACCUUUGUUGAUAAGAGAUCAAGUGAUGCAUAUGAUAACUUUGUAAAUCUAUGUUCACAAGCUGAGUCUCAACCUCAACCUUCUGAAUCUGGUAAUAAUGAGAGUGGUAGUCAACCGAAGCCAAUUGAUUAUGAUACACUAAUGAUUGAAGCUGUUGGAGGAAGAAAUGCAAAGGGCAUAGUAUAUGGACUUAGUUUGGAUGGACGUAACCUCACCCGUGGCUCAACAUCUACAUCAAAUAGAUAUUCAAAUUAUGCUGAUAUUGCUCGUGGUAUGAGUGGAGAGGUUGAGGCGCGAUUAAGGCAGAAAAUUGCAGACCAACAACAAACAAUCAAUUGCAUCCUUGCACGUCAAAAUAAAAUGUUGGCCGCAUUUGCUAAUUAUGCAAAUAUAGAUUUGGACAUGAUGGAUUUAGAUGAAGAUGAUCCUUCCGUUGGUAAUGGAACUCGUGGAAACAAUGGAAAUGAUGGUACAAAUGCCGAUGAAUAAUAUUAAUGACUUUGGAAUGUAGAACUUAAAUUAUGGAGUUUGAUAUUUUGUAGACAAUUUUAAGUUAUUAGAACUUUAGCCUUUUGGAUGUAGUGAUAAAAAUGUGAUAUUUUGUUGGUAUUUGGAGAUACUUUAUAUGUUAUGUUUAUGAUGGAUCAAAUGCUUGCAGAUAUGAAUUUCUAGUUUGAUAUGAA